AUGUCUCAUUUAAGGUCUUUCACAUUGACUCUUUUGCAUCUCAAUUCAUCCCUCAAUCCCUUAAUCUACUGCUGGAAGAUGAGACACAUUCGACAUACUGUUAUGGACAUACUUCGAAAUAUUUUCGCGAUUUUUCCCCACUAAAGAAAGGAUCUAACUGAGAAUAACUUAAUCGGCCUUUUUCUCUCUGAGUGCUGAAAAUAUUAGCUUUCUAGCAAUACAAUUGGAAAAAUGACACUAAAUAUAAACGGGAACUGAAACCUCUUGUACUCUCUGUUUGAAGGCAAAGGAAGAAAUAUUUGAUCGAGUGAGUAUAAGUUCAUGAGAUUUCAGUUUGCUUUGGAAUAAUUAACAAAUAACGGAAACUCUGAAAGUAUUAUUUAUCAAAGUCCGAAGGAGGGCAAAGAGAAAAAAAUAGUUAGUUUAGGACGAAUGACGAGUGACUUGAUAAACAGAGGGCCGAGUUUCCAAAUUUGCAUGGGCAAAAAGUUCUGUGUACAGUAAAGUGAGUUUACUAGAUUUUGUUAAGGCCAUAGUGCAUGCAAUGAAGAAAGCUAACUAAAGAGGAGAGAGAUCAAAACUAUGUCAAUAAAUCUUGCAUACUGAAUGUACCAAGAGUGGCAAAAAGAUUUACCGGUAUAACAACAACAAUAACAAUACAUAAUAAUAAUUAUUAUUAUUAUUAUUAAUAAAAAUAAUAAGAAUAAUACUAAUAAGAAUAAUAAUGAUAAGAAGAACAACGCGAGCCUAUUUGUUGAGAAAGACGAAAACUAGUAGUUUAUACUGUUGAGAAUAUAUAUUACAAUAUUUGUAACUGAUUCAUAUCAAUAAAGUUCACGUGAAAAAGUUAAGAUGUUUUGAAGAAUGGUAAAAAUAUACCAUUUAAUCAGGAAACAGCUCUCCUGACAGCGCAACCGAUUGGAACAAAUGAUCGAUAGCUAAAUAAUACUAAAAUACCAUGAUAUGGAACCACAAAGCAGUCAUAAUAUGGCUCCAAUAUCAAGCAAAGAGCUUCUUGCUCUGAGAUCAAAAAGUUAGAACCAUUAUGUUUGAAGAAACAAUUAAGUAUGAGGCCCAGGGUUGAACCUAUUCAGUUUCCUCAUGUCCCAGUUUAACGUCUUGCAAGCAACCCUCGGUACGUGUGUUUACAAUAAAGUUGAAACUUUCGUACGAGACCUCGUACUUAAUGUUUCCGUAGAUAUUUAGAAAGAGCGAGUCCAAAAAAGUAAUUAUUGUAACCACUCACAGAACAACAGUAACAACGUGAAAAUGAAAAAAAAAUUACAAAAUCGUAUAUUUUCCACUAUUCUUGAACUAAAAUGUGUUUUCUUCGACACAUUUAUUUUUCCUGUUCAGUGGUUACGAGCGCUCUUUCAUUAUCAUGAAAGUUCGCCCACAAUUUCUAUUUCAAGGGAGGGGAGGGAAGAAAAGCAUGCUCCUGUCAUUUAGCAACUUUUAACCGCAAAGAGAAACACAAUACAUGCACACUUCAUACACACUGAAGUUUUUUUUUUUUUGGCCUACAAUGUAACUUCUGGGUCCACCAAUAAAUGUGCCAGCCAAUAAAGACAAUAAAGUCUAAUGUUUUUACUACCUACAUUUAUCAUUUGUCAGGGAGGGAGGUGAGGCUAAUUAUUGUUACAUCAGUUCUAUCCCAAAUAAAACCAUUUUGCCACUUCCUCGCGUAUACGUGUAUAAGUAGACAUUUUACAAGGAAAUAAGCCAGUUUUUUUGUUUAUUUGGUACGCAUAAAAGUGUUUUCGAUACAUUUUCAAUAAAAUGAAAUUGAGAAAUAGUUGAUUGUCGUUUAAAGCAUAUACUGCUUUUUGCAACAUGAUUACCCAUCGAAUUGCCACGUCGUGUUGGCCGGUGUCAUAAAGUUGAGGCUAUAAUGGAUAUUAAUUUUUAAACAUUCUAAUCAUUGCUACUGAUUAAACUUUGGCACAAAAGACAGUCCAAGACAGCAUGAUUUGUUUAAGUAACUACCUACUGUGUCUUUGUUUAACACCCUAGCAAGUAAGUUUUUUUAAAAAUGGAUAAUAAGUUUCUUAUCUCAACUCUUCCCUGUGACUCGUCAUAGAUCGUUGUUUAUCAAAAGGUCUGCCCCAUAUUUUUUGCAUUGGUACAGUAAAUACAUUGGACUGGUCUUCGACGUGAUGGUCGGUUUUUCCCGUAAACCAUCAUUAAACUCUUUCUUUGUGUAUGACUUUGUAUUAGCGAUUGAUUACAACCAGCUGCUGUUAAUAGAGCGAUUUUCGUAUGACCUUGAAACGAAAACGCGCCAACAAAACAGAAACAACAAACGAGCGGAAAUAGGGCAAUUUGAUUGGUUUAUCGAACGAAUACAAACCCGCUUGGCUUUUGGUUGGUUAAGCGAACGCUCGGGUGAAAAAACUUCACGCCCGAGAACUUUCUAGAAAUCAAUCGAUACUUCAGUUUGACGUCAUACUUCAACACGAUUGGCUAAUCGAACACUGCCUACUCCAUAUUAGGGUUUUCUUUGGCGAGAAAACGAAGAGGUCAUGUUUUGAUCCUUUCAUCCAUUGGCUGAUAAAGCAAAUAAGGAACACUUACCGAAACCAUUUUUCCUUUUUGACCGGCGAACUUCAACACUUAGUCCGACCUAUCGCGUUUCGGUUUAAAUGAAAAUAUAUUUAACUGAAUUACGGGCUCUAGUAAGAUAUAGUUUUAAUUCCAAACAACUGAAUAUUUCGGUUGCUAUGAGUAUAACUUUAUGUUUUAAUGGAGGGAGAAAAUAUCGUCUUGUUUAUUAAAUGCGCAUUAAAUUGCGAGCAAUGAUGAACUUUCUUUAUAUUAAACUAAAAAAAAACUAGAGAUAAUAUGAUCCACGUUUUGAUAGCUGCCCCGGAUGAAUUUCAUACCACCAUCCAUUAAGUUAAUAAAGCAUGACAGUAUAUUGUUCUUGAAUACUUUUUUAAUAAAAUGAAAUUGAAACAUACUUUCCGAGUUAAUUGUAGCUUAAAACAUAUAUUGCUUGCCACCUGGUGUUGGCUGGUUUCAUUAAGAUGAGACUACAAUGAACGUUUUAAACGUUCUGAUCGUUUGCAAAUGAUCAAGAUCAUAUAACCUGAGAUCAGGCGUUAGUAUUAUUAUUAUUAUUUUUGCUUCUUUGCUUCUUUGGGACGAGAGGGAAAAAAAUAACGCCUGAUACAUUCAUUUAACAAGCGAUCAACCGCCUCCUAAUUUACAUAAUCUAACUUCUGCUUGACCUCUCAUGUUAUUAGCCAAUAAGCGGUUACCAGACGGGAAUCAAAUUUUUGUGGGAAUAAUGGGCGCUUUCCAUUUAGUCAAAAUUUCCGGAAUUUCCGGUUCGGCGGUAAAUGGAACACGUUUCGUCGGUUCGUCCCCCUGGAAAAUUCCCAGAAAAAGUGGAAAAUCUAAAAAGGUGGUCCCGUUUUCCCGGUUGGAAUUUCCGAACGGAAUGUUGUGUUCCAUUUACGUUUCUUGUAUUUUGAACCAGUUCCAGGUCCACGGUCCGGCACCGCCACGUACUGGGGUUUACGAUCAAAUGGAACAACUUUUUACCAAUGGGAAAUUCCACUUUUGCUACAACCGAAAUUUCCGGGUUUUUUUCCUAAAUGGAAAGCGCCCAAUGUCUCUUUCGCCGAAAUCAAUUGUAGGGAAAUUUUUAAGUACGUGCACGCCAGAUGGCGCUUCCUAAAAAAAAAAUUAAAAGUUCUUUUUUUUGUGUGAUGAAGUACUGCUGGCUGGAGCUGCGUUACCGUUAUUUAACAGCUACAAAUAAUAAAGAAUGUACAAGCUCGUUUACUUCCUUCUGUGGCGAAAGCAAAAAAGAUUAGGCUGGAGCAUCAUAUUUCACAAACUGAAAAGUGUUGUGUAAGCGAAGAUCGCUCAGACUGAUUCGCAGGUUUCUGAAGGAGGAAUUACAGUCAAACCAGGUCAAGAUUCCAUUCAUGAAUUGAUUAUUUUAAAAGUUAAACCGUGAGCAAGGGAGCCAAGCGCGGUCAUUGCACGCGUGCUGAACAAGAAUGUUGUAUAAUGACAGACUAGAAACAAUUAAUAGACAACUCCCAAGGCACAAACUCAGCCAAAACGCUAAAAAUCUUCAAUGUUUACUCAAGUUUGGGCUUAUAGAAGAUAAUGUCACAUUUUUUCAAUGACCAUGAAAUUCAGAGUGCGGGUAGUAAGUUAAUCAAUUGUGGCCCUGAAAAAAUUUGAAGGAAAAAAAACUACGAAUUUUUAAGAAAAUGCUUUUUUCGUGGAAGGACUCUUAAACGCUGACAAACGUCAACAAAUAGCGAAAACUAUAAUUUCUAUAUGUUUGCUUUGCUCGAAAUCGCGCGCAUUUACAAGGCCCUAAAGCGUUUUGCUGACUUGCAAGGACCCAUCUGUUAUAAGGAUGCCCAAAAUAAAGAGAUGAGUCUCAUAGUUUAUAAGAUAUAAUCCGUGUAAAGUUUGCUUACCAUUUUCGCAUAAAUUAUGACCUAAAUUUGGAAACCGCUGAAUUUCUCGAAUUGGGUCUUUGCGAUUUUGGUAAAACUCUGUUCAGCGCAAGGCACUAAUGCACACUAUGUGUAGCAGAGAGAUUUUCACGAAAAAAUGUCGGUAACAGCAGAUUUUCGACUCAGAUCUCAAAGGGGCGUGGUAUUAUAACCACGUGACAUUUACUCCGAUCGCCAAAAAUUUUAUGUUAUAUUGUAGAUUGAUCUAUAUGUUAUCCAUUCUAUGUGUUAGACUUACGAUAAAAGUAAAGGUGGGGAUACCAGAGAGCUUCAAAGUAGGAUGGUACCCCCCCAAAAAACUGGGUCGAGUCACCUUAAAUCUCCUGAAACAAAAUGGUCGCCGUGUGACCAAGGUCUAUUGCCUAAUUCCUUUGUAUCGCGUAUUGUCUGUCUGGCCUGGGGGUUAAUUAGUCCUUCUGAUGACCUGUACGGGGAGGCUCAGGUAUAUGAAAGGGUAAGGAUUUCACUAGUUGAAAUAAAUGAAACUGUAGGUAGAUUUGUCAUUUCGGUCCGUAACAAGGCCCAAAAGAGCUGAAAGAUGCAUUAUGUCUGUGAGAGAGUCGGCGCGUGAAAGCUUUCUGGCCUUCUGAUUUGUUCACAUUUAAAAGACAAUGCAUUUACAGCAGUUCGAAGGGAUACAAAGUUCUAAACUAGGUAUGUGAAAGGGGUACCAUUUAUCAAUAGAAGGCAAACGAAAGGGGUACUGUUGAAGUGACAAGUGCAAUAAUUGACCACAAAUGUAAUAAAACGUGUUCACAAAUGUAAUAGAAACCUAAAAUGCUAUCAAAACAGUAUAUUUCUCGAAAGAGUACCGCUUUAAAUUAAAGUCGGACACAAAUUAGUUCCGCGGCACCCUUUCGAAAAACACAAUUCUAUUGCAUUUAAUCGAAAGAGCGCAGCUCUCAAAUAACUUUCGCACUGGUUAAAGUCGAAAAACAAUAAGCGCUGUGGCGCUCUUUCAAGUAAACAGAAUUUACUACACUCUUCUUGCGCCCGCUCGCUUGCUCUCCGGAAGAGAAACACUGUUUUUUUACUUAACCUGACCGUAUCAGUAAAUCGGGACUAGUGUGCGAGAAUUUGCAUCAUAUAUUGGGAGUGUCACGUGGACAAACUAAAAGCAAGUGGUAACUCUUGAUCUGCCUCCCCCCCGCAUGCGUGGGAGAACUGCCUUGCGGUUCUCAGCCAGCAGGUCCCAAAAUUGGCUCAAUGACCAAAAUUGUGUUUCUUCAAGUACAGCACGCGGAUACAAACUGCAAAAUAUGAAAUCUGCGGCGUUUCCAUACCCGUAGAAGACAGAAGGUGCUUGGUUUGCAAACAAAACCAAAACGAAGAUGAACAACACUUCUUGAUGUUUUGCAAUGGGUACAAUGUAUUGCGACAGGAGUUCAUUAAUUUUAUUUUAAGUGAGGAUGUUGCUUUUGUGAAUCUUACUCCCCAUGACAGAAUAAAAUAUUGAUUGACAGCAGACAACAAUACUUGUAAAACAACAGCCAAAUUUAUUAAUCUUGUGUUCAAAACGAGGAAAGAAUUAUUGAAAAUGUAAUUUGAUAGAAAAUAUUUGAUGAUUUUAUGGUGCGUACAUCAUUAGUUAUAUUAAACGUUAUUGUUAAUUAAAUGUAAAAGACCUUUAUUGUAAACAGACCGAUACCUCCAUAUGUAGAGUAACGCACUCCAUAUGGGCAGUAAGACACCAAAAAGAUACUGUUAAUGUUACUGUUACUCCAGUGAGUCUCACAUAAAGUAAAUACCAUCAUCAGUAGACAAAACGACUUCUUCCAGAUCAAUGUCUGUUAAAUAGUACAUGAAAGUCGUAUUUUUCUAGUUAUAAGAAAGUGGAGAAAUCUGACUUGAUGAGAGCGCGCUGAUAGGCCACUCCCGCUUUAGAUUUAUCUGCAAGACGCUGUUGAGAGUGAAAGAGUUUAUAAAAGACCAUAAAAAGCCGAAAUUAUAUUUCUUUUCAUAAUAAGUUUCGUGCCAGAUGAGUAUUGUGGAAUGUAUAGCAAAUGUGGGAGCCAUGCUGUAAAGGAAGAAAGCUAUUUAACAAAUGGAGGACUUUUUUUGCAUGCAGUUGUAAUGUUAAAUGAGGGUCUGAAUGGGGGGGGUCCACUUGUCGGUUGUCGGUUAAAAUUCAGUAAUUUUGUCGGUAGUCGGUUAAAAUUUUCUAUCUUUGUCGCUAGUCGGUUAAACUUGUCAGAAAAUCUCAGUUAAUAAGUAAAAAUGCUUGUUAAUUAUUAAUAUCUUUUAUGUAUUUCACCCACUUCUUAAGACUUUGAUCCCUAAGGAUAGAGUAAAACUUGCAAGAAUGUAUCAUUUGAUUGCGCCUAAACCGUUCAUUAACUCUUGUUUUUUAAUGCAACAUGAUCGUUUAUUUCAUCAUUGUUUGCAUGCCAUUAAAAGAAUAUAGUACUGAUAAAAUCACACAAGCUUUUAUUGUAAAUGCGAACUUGGUUUUCCUGUCGACUACAGGUCACCGAAUAAAAAGUAAUUAAUUAAUUAAUUAAUUGAUUAUGGACUCUAGCCUUUUGGAUACUUAAAUUAUUUUUAGUGAAAAACAGCAAGGGGUGACAGGCUGCACAUCUAUCCCUCUUAUGUUUUGGUUCUAACAAGCAUGUCCUUUGCCAUAAUUUUCCUUUCUCAAAGAAAGAGAACUUAAGGUGGUUCUUUAAAAUUUUGGCAAGGUAGUGGUUGGUUUUUUUUAUGAGAUUCCAGUUCUUCAUUAAAGCUUCUGAUGAGACUUUUUUAUAGACACUAAGGGCUGGUAUUGUGUCACGAAAGGCAAUAUUUCAGUCUUUUUCUUCCUGGUUGUUUUGUUUCAGGAGCGCUGCCUUCCUUUCUGUGAGUUUUACUUCUAAUAGCAAUUUUUCUUUCAAACUUGUGUGGCUAGCCUCUGUCCAUCAAAUGCUUUUGAAAUCUGAAAUACUUCCUCAGAGGAGUUUGUUCUUAGGAUUCUCAAGGCUUCUCGUUUGUCAAACAGGCGCUUUCACAAUUGGUGAGUGAUAAGAGGUGAAAAUGUACAUACUGUAAGGUUUCCGUUUCAAAUGCUUACGUCAAGGAUAGCUUUUCCUCAUUUUUUCGCUGAAUGUUGUACCUUGGUAUACAACCUUUUCUAAAAAGACUGUCUCAUUUUCAGAUAUUUCGGCCGUGAAUUUCAUCCGGGCAUGUAAGUUUACUUGUUCCGCGAAGAAAGCUACGAUGUCUGGUUUACUUAUGUCCCAUAGGGAAAAAAUGUCAUCUAUGUAGCGUUUUCAAACAGUUGGCUUAAAGACGGUUUUGCUUAAACUUUGUGUUUCAAUAUGUGCCAUGAAAAUGUUGGAAAGGAAACUGCUGUCUUUGUGCUCAUCGCGGUACCGUGGGUUUGCACUGAUAGUGUUUUAAAUUAAACGGGAAAGAAUUUUCUUUGAGGAUUAAUCUAAGCAAGAAACGUUCGGUUUUUUCACCUUUGACUUUUCAAUAAAAUUUAUAAAGUCGGUAGCAUCUUUAAGGUGUGACUUUGUGAUUUUGAUAUUGGCUGUAGCAAUGUACCUGUAUCAACAACAAAAAAGGAAAUCAUUUCCCCUAGGCCAUCUGAUGAGUCUUAAAUUUAAAGAGGUUACUUCCUCGAGCCAACGGUUAGAAAAAAAAAAAAUGCAAAAUGCUCUUUUUUCUGGAAAUAAAUAUUGAUAAUAUCAGCCCAUGCCGGUAGUCGGUAAUUUUUUACUCAUUUUGUCGGUAUUCAGUAAUAUUUUUCGCGCUUUGUCGCUAGUCGGUUAACCCCAUUCACACCCUCUUAAAUUUAAUAUCAAUUCGGCUUCGAAAAUUAGAGCGUAAUUUGGAACUUCUGAAUUCUUCUUAAUUAACGCCACUGAUGACUGCGCUGAUUUCAUAGCUUAACAUGUAACACAACCAGCAAUAACCUCAACCUUCUAAUGCAUGAAGAUUUUCAGAGGUUCUAAGGAAAUGUUUUGCCUGAUCUGAGUUUGUCUGCAAGAAAAAAUGGUCGAGGGUACACGGUCCCUAUUAAAGUACCGAGACAGAUUACAUAUAACAAAUGAAACAAUACACCCAAAAAAUGAAGCUUCCAUGAGAUCUCUAUAUUAAAUAAAUAACAGAUGUAUGCAGGCUGGCCACAUGUCUUCAGUUCGCUUGUUAACACCUAUAGUCCUAAUUGCGUUCGCAGAACGCCAUCUUCAAUUAGUAGCGAGAAAAAGUCGAGAUUUUUCGCGACGGACUUCCAAAUAGCCUGGCCUCUUGAAGAACGUAGCUGUCUUGGGUACGAACGAUACAAUACACAUGAGUCAAUUUUCGACCAAUGCGAGAUGACUGUUGGUCCACGUGACUUAUAACACCCAAAGGAAACUUUCAGAGUGUUUCUUGAUCUGUUUGCCUUUUAAGCUCGAUUGAAGGUGUUUUUGAAGAUUUUCCUUCGAUGCUAGUGAAGGCUCAAGUUUUAACGCGAACAUAGGUAAAUUUUGCUCUAUUACUUUUGUUUGUUUGUAUUUUUUUUUUUUAUGGCGCCUUAAAUUACUUGGAUAUAUUUCGAAUUCCGGCAUAUGCGAUUAAGUGCGUUAAUUGGGCAAAUUUUUGGUGUACACAGCGAACAAGAAAAGUUCCUUCGACUUUCGACUUUCGUUUAGUUAUUUUAACAAAUUAAAUUUCAUGAAUUGAAGUGUGGAUCUUUCAACUUUGAGUCACAUAAAAACCGCAUGCAGCGUUCAAGUUAAAUAAUUAUUGCUCGAGGCUUUCCCGGUAGCAAUGCACUUUAUUUUUUUUAAGUAAUGAUUUAGGAAUCUAAAAAGGAAGCUUAUAUCCUUCCGAUUGAUUUCACUUGAGAGCUUCAGCAAAAUCAAACAUUACGAGCAAAACACUACUCUGCACAUGCACGAUGCACGCUUUUCUGUCGGAUUUUUUUUCGGUCGCUGCAUGUCUAAAAAUCUUCUUACAUUUUAUUAGUACAAAUGAAAUAUCCGAUUAUUGCCAAAAAAUCUAAAUCCUGCAGCUGAAGAAACUAAAACUUGGGUCAACUAACAACUAAUUUCAUUUUGUUGUUAACUGAUGCGCAAUAUAAAUAUGCAACACAUAUUGUUCUACAUCAACCUUUUGACAAUAAAAUUGUUUUUUAACAAUAUGUUAAUCAUUGCCAUCAUCAUCAACUUGUUUUUCUCCCUGGACACUAACUCAUAGAAGCCUGUAAAAAGCUAUGGUCUGCCCGGAAAUAAUCCACUUCGCAUAUCGAACGCACUCUUUAAUCUAUGAUUACCACUAGUUAUAAUAUAUAGAUUUAGCCAGCGCUAAAAGCGAACCUAGUUAUAGACUCUCGUUAAUAUACUUGUAAAUAAUUUACUCAAACAAGAAAAUAUAUUUUUUAUUUUACUUACUGAGUAGUUUAUUUACUCAACACAUGUUACAGUUACAAAUUUUAAAACUAGAAGAAAGUAUAUAACAAUAUUACAGAUUGGACCACAAUGAUUACAUAAAAACGGAAAAGAAUUAAACACAACAGUUCAAACAAUAGCAUUAGACCUGUUAAUUAACAGAUUCUGAUUCUGGUAAAGUUGAAUUCUUUCUAACUAAUUGAAGGAAGAGGGUUUUCGAAAUCAUACCUCCAACUGAUUCUAGCCUUAAACUCAUCCAAAGAUAAAUCUUUAGGUGCUAACUUAUUUAUGUACAAGUAAUAUUUAGCAAGCAGAAGAGUAAUCGAGCUUUUUGACAAUUUCCAAUCAUUUCUUUCUUUUAAAAAGCUGAAAGUACUAGUUUCUUUUGACGAAAUUUCUUAAACCCCGAACUUUGAGUGACAAGAUGAAGUGUUAACCUUGCACAGUUACCGUAAGAUCAGGGCAUGGGGAAAAAACGCUAAAAGAUCAUAAAAUCUGUUAAUUAACUGGCCGAUAAUCAGGAGAAUAGCUACCAUCAAGAGGAUAUAAGUACUACUCGGUGCCGGAUACAGACCUUGAGAUAGCGGGGGGUAGUCAUCCAGAGGAGGGGGAGGCAGUCUCCAAAAAAAAUUUUUUGGCUAUUCGGGCCUCAGUUUGGUCUAAAAAUAAGACGAGGGGAGGCAGGUGCCCCUGGGCCCCUCCCCUGGAUUCGCCACUGCAACGUCAGACAAACAAAUUUCAAUGAUUUUUCCAGGUACAAGUUACAGUUUUUAAGGACUAAGAUUUUUAAAUAAUAAAUCGGCAUUCUGUAACCCCCUUUGAUCACUCUAUUGGCUAAAACCCUAGUCUUUACAAUUAAUUUUUACCUCUAUACUUUUUUUCGCAACAAGACUGACUGGGUAUGACUUGCAAUUGCUUCUGAGGUGCAGAAAUCGUUCAUGCACAAAAAUGUUUUUACGUUACCCGUGAGUUUUACAGGUUCUUAUACACCGAGGAUGAGCCAAAUUCUCGUCGGCAAAAUAAUCCGAGUAAUUUUACAGAAAAAGGAACGUGUCUACAAGGUUGUGAAUUUCAAGGACUUUUCAAGACCUAAUAAAGACAUCAAGUAUUUUUUAAGGACCUAAACCGAAUUCAAGGACUCAGACUUUUCAAGACGACUAGUAAAAUUCAAGACCUUUUCAAGAUUGAACGGACCUUGUAUAACAGAAACAGAAAGCAACGCUAAACGGCGACGGCAACGAAAACGACAAAAAAAUAGUAAAUAGGUCUAAUAGAGAGGAGAAGUGUGACAUCACGUUGCCAUGGUAGCAAAAAUUCUGGAUGACAACAAUGAAGGGCUUAAGCAAGGACCACGGCGAAAACAACGAGAACAGCAAAAAAGCGAUAGGUUUAGCAAAAUAAAAGCUUUGCACGUGCAUCACGCUUUUUUCUAGCCACUUUUCUUAGCCGUCGUUACGCGACUGCGACAUGGAACUUCCUAAUUUCACGCGCCCGCGCUAUGGAGUUGGUCAACACAGCACAAAAUUUUUUUUUUUUUUUCUAAACACAGAUACGGUCCUUUGGGAUUCAACCCCAGAGAAUUUUGUCAACAUUUAACAUAGUAAAUGAAACUGAAUAAGUUCGAUGAAAUUUGAAACAGCGCGAAUUUACUUAGUUAAGUGACGUCGGGUUUGUUGUCUGAUCCAAAAAUUUUGCUACUAUGGCAACGUGACGUAAGACUUCUCCUCUCUAUUAGCAAAAAAACCAACAACCUUGCACACCUUUUUUGUACAUUUCUUUGUUGUUGUUUUGCACGACUACAAUGUGAAACUUCCUAGCUCAUUUUAUGUUGGAAAAUGUGGUAUGUACUCACCGAUGUUUUGUCGUGUUCCUGUUCAUUUUUUUUUUCUACACUGUCGCUCAUUUUCACCUUGUUGGCCGCCUUUUCUCAUUUUCUCACCGCCAUUUCCAUGUUUUUCCUCCAACGAAAUUUGUCUCUUGCUUCUUGUCUAACGCUUUAGCUCUGUUGUCGAUGUCAUUAAAGAAGUUAAAAUUUAGUUGGACUUUUACUUUGUUGUUGGUUUUUCUCUCUUCUAAGUCCGGAUGGACUUUCUCUCUCUAAAAAGUCGCGGUGGACUUUAGGUUUCCCGCCGAAAAACCCCGUGUUGCAUUUGCCAUACCUGUUGAUUGAGUUAUUCUACAUUGGUAUGCCUGUGGUGCGGAAGGGCGUGCGUACGCCCACGUGAUUAUUUAUGCACAGUGAACCAAAAUUCUUACCCAUGGUGUACCGCUGCGCGCGCGUGAGCUUCGCCAAAAAUGUUUAUGGUGAACCAAGACGUCAAAAACGCCAAAAUAGACCUUUGUCACGCGGCAGCCAUUUUGUCUCAGGAGAGUAGCUUUUUUUAUGCACAGCUAGCCUUGUAGAACCUUACCCUUCUAUUGGGGCAUGAAGAUUUUCGGAGGUUUCAAGCUAGAAAUUUUUUUGCCUGAUCUGAAUUUUUCUGCAAGAAAAAUACUAAAACGUUAUAGCGACUAUCCGCUGAGCAAAAGUUACAGAAUCACAGCUUUCAACCUUAAACAUUGGUUCAAUGAACAUAAUUUAAUAUGUAUUGCGAGCCUAAAGUCACGGCAUUGCUCAAGCAUUUUGCAACGGCAAAAGGUAUUUAAGUCUUCAGCCUCGCCGAAGCCUAUUUCCUUUUCGUAAACGAUCAUUGCCAUUUAUAACACGCGAUACCACCAUGUUGGUAACCAAGCCUUUACUUAUGAUGUAAUAUGUUCCCUGGAUUAACUUAGAACAUGAACGCUCUUAAUAGGACAAGUCUCGCUUGCUUGGAGAUUAGAUAAGAGAUAAGGAGGCGAUUAAUUCCACACGAAGCAGGAUUUCUUCGCUAAAAGGUUUCUCUUCCCACUUUGUCGAGGGUCGAGUGUUCUUCAGAAAAUUUUCAGAAUAUACGCUUGUACAAAUACAAAUCAUUGCUAGAAAGUAAAAAUGUAAUGAACAUGGCGCGUCAUUUCAAUCAUCGCCAAAAAUAAACCGCAUGCUCAUCGCAAGACUCAUUUUCAUACAAUGAAAGUUUACAACGCCCGACCAGUUUAUAGCUUCUCCAUCGAAGUUUUCCGUGAAGCAGUCACUUGUUCCAAAGUAAUCAACGCUUUCAAGCAAUAGAAUUCGUGGACCGACCCGUUCCCGGAAAGUUCGACAUCCGUGCAUCAAUUUUUCCUAAACUUUCUUCACAAAAUAGAGCAUGGCGUUGUGACAGCUGGUAACAAUUUCCAUCCUCAGUUUCCACGAUAUCCACUAGUAACGCCUGGGACCAUGAUUCCCCUUUUGGCGCGCACACAAGCGAGACUAACUACCUACUUUUCUGAUCUAUGUUUUAAAAGCUUAGCUAGUAAUUUUUUUUUUCCGGGGAAAAAUUUCCUUAUCUCAACUCAAAAGACUCCUCGUUUGUUACAGUUACUAAAACAAAAGGGCAUUAUCAAUCAUUUGCCCCAGUCCGUCUUGUGACGAGACACUUAAUGAAACUGGUAUUCCAACCAUUAUUUCAUAUUGCGAGGACAUAUGUGAAAAGGUUUUUAACGCUGCCCUCUGCAACAAGGACAACAAACUUAACAAGUUAUUAACUGAAGCCAAUAAGGCUCCAUAUUUACUAAGAAAUCAGCAAUACUUUGCACUUCCAAAGUGGAAAACUUAAGCCUUCUAUUUUGUCAUCGUGCCUAAUUAAAGUACAAUUAAACUGUGUCACGAUUGCGCGCAUGUGUGAGCUGUGACGGCAGCUGAUUGUCUUGGAACCAAUCGGAAGCGAGUAAGCUGCACGCGAGGAAAUUUACAUAAUUUAAGAUUCAUUGUUCACGAAGUGGGAGUCUUCCGGACGUUUAUGUUCGAUUUUAUAUAUAUCCCCAUAAUUCAUAUUUAUUCUCCGGUAUUCCUCAGAUAAAUGUUGCAGAUGAUAAGAAUAAGAUUAACAACCCUGUCCUGCUUUGACACAGUCAUUUACCUACGUGCAUUUUUACGUACCCACGCUAGAAAACCAGUCUCUGAUCCGCAAACAAAAAUAAUUUGUAAACAAACCCAUUAGUAGUCCACGGCUGUAUAGAGGAAACCCUUUUUAACUCCUCUUUACAUAUUUAUCGUUUGAAAAAUAUCCGUCAAAAGAUAGUUGACUGGAGAACCUUGAUAGACAGAAAUGAAAGCCAGAUGACUACAUUAAAGGCCACAUUUGAUCCGUUUGUGCGAACACUGACAACAACGAACUUGGCUUCGUAGGGUUCUCCUCAAUGACUUCGAAUUUUCUCGACAAUACUUGCACAAAAGUACAAAAUAUGGCGUUUAAAACUUCCUAAAUGGACCAAAUAGCUCUUGAAUACUGAUAUUAUGGCUCUCUCGGGCGUCUCAGGGUCGAUGGAAGAGGAUUUCUUCACCAAACGCCAAUCUUGAAAAACCGUCCGCCGGAGACAAAUCAAGUUGCCGCACAUGCGCAGAAGCGUGUCACAGUCCCUUUGAAUGUUUCGGUUUGAAUGCUUUUAUAUAUUAUAUGCAUGAAUUUUUAAUAUUUUUAAUAUUGAUGUAUGGUAAAUUAUUUUAUUUUUAGCUUAGUUUUAUUUGUAAAUACGCAAUUUAGCCUCUGGCUGCCCAUGUAUUUAUUUUUGAAUAAUCUAUCUAUCUAUCCAUUUAUCUAUCUAUCUAUCUAUCUAUCUAAAAAAAAUGGGCGUUUGUUUCGCUUGAGUCCAGCAAACAUGUAGGAUUGGUCUCAGACCUAAUAGUCCGCAUUUCCUCUAAACGAUCGUUUAACUCUUUUCUGUUUGACUUUGUGUUUACGAUUCACCACAAACAAGCUGCCAUUUCUACUUUGAUAUCGUGCCAAUAGUUUCGAAUAACUUACUUCCAUUUGACUGACGAACUUUAUCCUGAUACAAUUAAAGAAUAAUACAAGAAUAUCUUCAGCCUAAAAUCGGCAGAAAAAAAAAUAAGGAUAUUCAGGCUAUGUCUUUUAAACUGAAGAAACUGACUGGCUAUAUAAUUCGACUUACAUCUUAUUAGCUGCUUUAAUUAUUAAGGAACAGAUCAUUUAUUAUAAGUAACUAGGGUGCUGUAUCUUUGGGCCGUCUCACACUCUUUAAGUCACCCGUGAACAUGCAAUUUAUCAAAAAAAAUGUGUUCAUGGGUCCAGCAAAUACUGUUGGAUUGGUUUGCGACGUAAAAGUUCCGUUUUCCUCUCAAGUCACCUCUCAGCUCGUUCUAUCUGACUGUAUGUUUGCGAUUCAUGAUUGAAAACCAACUGCCUUUUGCUUAUUUAAUAUUGCAUCAGUAGUUUCAUAUAACUUCCUUCCUUUUUAACUGACGAACUUCAACAUUUAUACGACCUAUUGCGUUUUGCUUGAAAGAAAAUUAAUACUAAUUACUGUGCGAUGAUGACGUUACAUUUAAAGUUUUAAUUCCGGGUUCAGACAUGCAAAGUUUCAAUUUCAAGCAAGGUGAGAGUUUGGAUAUUGUGAGCACGACUUAGGGACGUUUUUUACUAACUCAACAGUACUCCGUUAAAAACCAAUUGCCAUCGGAGGAGGACGUCUGGAGAAUAUUCAGUAAGUCUCGCAAAGAGUAAUUUCCAGCGUCAGUCUCGUGCAAAAAAGAAAACAUUUGCAUAGUUCCUCAAAAGUACAGCUGCUGAAACUUAACACUGUAUAUAACGCUCCAUUCAAUGGUGGAAGCAGAAGGUCAGUCUCAUUCAAAAACGGAUGAAACCUAGAAAGCAAUGAAAUUCAGAUCUUUGCAUAUUAAAGAAACUGAACGCUGAUUAGGGUUAUGUAAAAAAAAAAAAAAAAGAUGGCAAGUGCUGAAGGCUUGAAUUUGACAUUUGCUUUCUUCAACGCCUUCUUGUCUUUCACCGCCAUCGUAUUAAACAUCAUAACCAUGCAAGCGCUCAGAAAAACGUCGUCGUUGCCUAAGACUUUAAAAACAUUGCUACUAAGCUUGGCUGUGUCUGAUCUGGGUGUAGGCUUACUUGUCCAACCACUGUAUGUUGCACUUCUUGUGACGGAAAAAAACAGUACUGCUUAUUCUACAGUAAAGUUAGCGAGUUCAAUCCCGGCAAAAAUAUUGGUCUUUGCUUCGAAUUUUGGUGUUUUUGCUUUAGCUGUGGACAGAUUCUUGGCCAUUUACCUUCAUCUGAGAUAUCAGGAGCUUGUGACUCACAAACGUGUUGUUGCUGUUGUGAUCUCAGUCUGGGUGUUUAGUGCAUCAAUUUCCUAUCCAAGUCAUCAUAUUAUGCGAGCGGUCAUUGUAGUUGUUUGUGUCAUAACUACAGGAUUGCUUUAUUGCAAGAUAUACGCUUCCGUGAGACACCACACAAAUCAGAUUCACCGUGACGCUCUGCAAGUACAACAGGCGACACAGAAUGAAGAUAUGGCAAAUGCCGCAAGGCUGAAAAAAUCUUCACUGGCUACAUUCUACGUUUAUUUCGUGUACUUAGUUUGCUAUUUGCCAUUUUCUUGUUUUCAUUUUGCCAAGACCGUCAACGAUGAAACUCCCUUGAUGUCUCAUUUAAGGUAUUUCAUAUUGACUCUUGUGUAUCUCAAUUCAUCCCUCAAUCCCUUAAUCUACUGCUGGAGGAUGAGACACAUUCGACAUACUGUUAUGGACAUACUUCGAAAUAUUUUCGCGAUUUUUCCCCACUAAAGAAAGGAUCUAACUGAGAAUAACUUAAUCGGCCUUUUUCUCUCUGAGUGGUGAAAAUAUUAGCUUUCCAGCAAUACAAUUGGAAAAAUGACACUAAAUAUAAACAGGAACUGAAACCUCUUGUACUCUCUGUUUGAAGGCCAAGGGUUAAAUAUAUGAUCGAGUGAGUAUAAGUUCAUGAGAUUUCAGUUUGCUUUGCAAUAAUUAACAAAUAACGGAAACUCUGAAAUUAUUGUUUAUCAAAGUCAGAAAGAGGGCAAAGAGAAAAAACUAGUUAGUUUAGGGCGAAUGACGAGUGACUUGAUAAACAGAGGGCCGAGUUUCCAAAUAUGCAUUGUGCAAAACGUUCUGUGUACAGUAAAGUGAGUUUACUAGAUUUUGUUAAGGCCAUAUUAGUGCAUGCAAUGAAGAAAACUAACUAAAGAGGAGAGAGAUCAAAACUAUGUCAAUAAAUCUUGCAUACUGAAUGUACCAAGAGUGGUGAAAAGAUUUACCGGUAUAACAACAACAACAACAACAACAACACAUAAUAAUAAUAAUAAUUAUUAUUAUUAAUAAAAAUAAUAAGAAUAAUACUAAUAAGAAUAAUAAUGAUAAGAAGAACAACACGAGCCUAUUUGUUGAGAAAGACGAAAACUAGUAGUUUAUACUGUUGAGAAUAUAUAUUACAAUAUUUGUAACUGAUUCAUAUCAAUAAAGUUCACGUGAAAAAGUUAAUAUGUUUUGAAGAAUGGUAAAAAUAUACCAUUUAAUGAGGAAAGAGCUCUCCUGACAGCGCAACCGAUUGGAACAAGUGAUCGAUAGCUAAAUGACAUCAUAAUACUAAAAUGCCAUGAUAUGGAACCACAAAACAGUCAUAAUAUGGCUCCAAUAUCAAGCAAAGAACUUCUUGCUCUGAGAUUACUUAGAACCAUAAUGUUUGACGAAACAGUUAAGUAUAAGGCCCAGGGUUGAACCUAAGUACACAGUUUCCUCAUGUCCCAGUUCAACGUCUUGAAAGCAACUCUCGGUACGUGCGUUUACAAUAAAGUUGAAACUUUUGUACGAGACCGUACUUAAUGUUUCCAUAGAUAUUUAGAAAGAGCGAGUCCAAAAAAGUAAUUAUUGUAACCAAUGAUAUAUAAUAGAACAACGGUAACAACGUGAAAAUGAAAAAAAAAAGACAAAAUCGUAUAUUUUCCACUAUUCUUAAACUAAAAUGUGUUUUCUCCGACACGUUAAUUUUCCUUUUCGGUGGUUACGAGCGCUCUUUCAUAAUCAUGAAAGUUCGCCCACAAUUUCUGUUUCAAGGGAGGGUAGGGAAGAAAAGUAUGCUCUUGUCAUUUAGCAAAUUUUAACCGCAAAGAAAAGCACGAUACAACACGCGCACUUCAUACACACUGAAGUUUCUUUUUUUUUUUGUCUCACAAUGUAACUUCUGGGUCCACCACUAAAUGUGCCAGCCAAUACUGAAAGACAAUAAAGUCGAACGUUUUUACUACUUACAUUUAUCAUUUGUCAGGGAGGGGGGUGGGGCUAAUUAUUGUCACAUCAGUUUUAUCCAAAAAACCAUUUUACCACUUCCUUCCGUAUACGUGUAUAAGAAGACAUUUUACAAGGAAAUAAGCGAGUUUUUUUGUUUAUUUGGUACGCAUUAAAUUGCGCAAAAUGAUAUUGUUUUCAAUACAUUUUCAAUAAAAUGAAAUUGAGAAAUAGUUGAUUGUCAUUCAAGGCAUAUAUUGCUUUUUGCAACAUGAUUACUCAUCGAAUUGCCACGUCGUGUUGGCCGAUGUCAUAAAGUUGAGGCUUUAAUUAAUGGAUAUUUUAAACAUUCUGAUCAUUUGCUACUGAUUAAACUUUGACACACAAGACAGUCCAAGACAGCAUGAUUUGUUUAAGUAACUACCUACUGUGUCUUUGUUUAACACCUUAGCUAGCAAGUUUUUUUAAUGGAUAAUAAGUUUCUUAUCUUAACUCCACCCUGUGACUCGUCAUAGAUCGUUGUUUAUCAAAAGGUCUGCCCCAUAUUUUUUGCUUGUGUCCAGUAAAUACAUUGGAUUGGUCUCCUACUUGAUAGUCGGUUUUUUCCUAUAAGCCAUCAAUAAACUCUUUCUUUGUGUAUGACUUUAUAUUAGCGAUUGAUUGCAACCAGCUGCUGCUGGUUUUCUUUGGCGGGAAAACGAAGAGGUCAUGUUUUGAUCCUUUCAUCCACUGGCUGAUAAAACAAAUAACGAACACUUACCGAAACCAUUUUUCCUUUUUGACCGACGAACUUCAACACUUAGUCCAACCUAUCGCGUUUCGGUUUAAAUGAAAAUAUAUUCAAAUCACUCUGUGAGAGGACGUCAUUUUAAAUUCUGAAUUACGGGCUCUAGCAGGAGGCCUGGGCUCUAGUAAGAUAUAGUUUUAAUUCCAAACAAGUGAAUAUUUCGGAUGUUAUGAGUACAACUUUAUGUUUUAAUGGAGGGAGAAAAUAUCGUCUUGUUAUCAAAUGUGCAUUAAAUUGCGAGCAACGAUGAACUUUCUUUAUAUUAAACUAAAAAAACUAGAGAUAAUAUGAUUCACGUUUUGAUAGCUGCCUCGGAUGAAUUUAAUACCACCAUCCAUUAACUUAAUAAAGCAUGGUAUAUUGUUCUUGAAUACUUUUUUAAUAAAACGAAAUUGAAACACACUUUCCGAGUUGAUUGUAGCUUAAAACAUAUAUUGCUUUUUUGGAACAUGAUUACUCAUUGAAUUGCCACCUGGUGUUGGCUGGUUUCAUUAAGAUGAGACUACAAUGGAUGUUUUAAACGUUCUGAUCGUUUGCAAUUGAUCAAGUCUGACACAUGUGACCGAAUGAUUUGUCAAGUAACUACCCACUGUGUCUUUGUUUUAAAACCCUAGCUAGUAAGGUUUUUUUACAGGUAAUAAGUUUUUUUUCUGCACCCCCAGUCCUAAGACUCGUCGUAAGUCGUAUUUAAUUAAAAUUUGUUGGUUUUUUAUAGUUUUUACUUGAGUUCAGCAAACAAGUUGGAUUGGUGUUCGACCUAACAGUCUGCUUUCCCAUAAACUAUCACUAAACUCUUUCUGUUUAACUGUUUAUUUGCGAUCCUUUGCAAACCAACUGCCUUUUUUUAAAAUAACGCCUGAUACAUUCAUUUAACAAGCCAUCAACCGCCCCCUAAUUUACAUAAUCUAACGUCCGCUUGACCUGUCAUGUUAUUAGCCAAUCAGCGGUUACCAGACGAGAAUCAAAUUUUGGUGGGAAUAAUGUCUCUUUCGCGGAAAUCAAUUUUAGGGAAGAGAAAAUUUUUAAGUACGUGCAGAUGGCGCUUCCUAAAAAAAAAAUUAAACUUUUUUUUUACCUUUAUUUAACAGCUACAACUAAUAAAGAAUUUACAAGCUCGUUGACUUCGUUCUGUGGCGAAAGCAGUGAAAAAAAAAAUUAGGCUGGAGCAUCAUAUUUCACAAACUGAAAAGUGCUUUGAAAGCGAAGAUCGCUCAGACUAAUUCGCAGGUUUCUGAAGGAGGAAACUGCAGUCAAACCAGGUCGAGAUUUCAUUCAUGAAUUGAUUAUUUAAAAAGUGAACCUGUUUGUCGCUUCUGUAACUUGUAGCCGGUAUCAAAUUGCAUUCAAAUGAUCGGCGAAUUUUUGACAGCAAUUUUUAGUAUACGAUGAAAUGGAAAAUAUUUCAAUGUAUGAAAUUUCUAUUUAGACAUUCUUCAAAUUCAAGAAAACUGAGUUUGCAGAAAUUUCAUAACGAACUCGCGUGUGUAUUAACUGCUCAUUACGCAAGCAAAAUGCAGACUGAAAUCAACAACAACAAGACGCUACGGAGCUAGCGUACACUUCGGCGUCGUGGUUGUGGAACUAAUUAAUUGCAAAUGCGGAGGAAUAGUAAGAAAUCAAAUAUGGUAAGAGUUAAGGUGUGAAAUUAUGGGAUUUGUCAGGAUAUUCUGAAAAGAGCAACAUCCAAGAGGCCUACUUGCCAAAAACUAGCAUUUCAGGACAAAUUGUCUCCGCGAUAUUAGCCCAGUUAUGCUCUGACGACUCCAUACAAAUCCUUCUAAAAACAAUUCUCUAUUUUUCUUAGUCACACCAGGCAUGGGUAAGGAGUCAAUUACGUUGAGCAUGGAAUUGGCUAAAACUCAAAGUCACGAGUUCGAAUGUUUUGAGGAUAAUUAUUCACUGUCUAUCAGCACGCAGGGAUGUCGGAUUAACACAAGAAGUUUAACACCAAAGGAACAUAGCCUUUACAGAGCCUUAAAACACUGCAUCCGCCAACACAAACUUGACUUGAACUUUGAGUAAAACUAAACAGCCUCUACCAAUAAUAACAAACUCUCACUUGAACUUCAGAUAUCUUACGGCUUCCGCGAACUUGUAAACACAGAACCUGAAUAAUAGACCUUCGUCACACUUGACUAAACACAGCAGUCCAGCUCGUGGGAAAAAACUUAGUUCGUCAAAAGAACUCGCCUGGAACUUGUAUACCGUUUGACAUAAGGUUCUAGAAAAUACUAAAGAGGCGAAUAGUGGUAGCUUUUCGACAUAUUUUAUGAUUUCAGUAACUGAUGCAAAUCUGCUGACUCAUGCUGAAAUUUAAACUUGCCCUAAUUAAUUAUUCAUGGCAAGUCCAAAAACGUAGAGAACGUUCGAGAAAGUCACGCAACGCACGAAAGCAAUUUUACUACGUAACACAAAGACAAAAUGUCUUUGUGCAGCAUUUUGUAACUUUAAGUUCAGCAUAAAACAGUUCGAAAGGAGGGCUCACGCGUGAAAUGUUUUUCAACACUCGAAGAGAAAUUUCGUGUCUCUGCGCGGCCACGAAAUAUCCUCUAUUUAUUCCUCGAGUAAUUAAAGACUAAACUCGAAGUGAUCUCAAGAUAUCACGAAGUAGUCCGAUCUCAUUUCGUGAAAUAGUUGAAACAAGCCGAAAAGUCCCGAACUUCCACGCCCAAUCUUGUCCCGAAACUAGUGCAUUAUUUCAUAACUAUUUUUCAUAUCUCAAACUACCUUAGGUCGCAGUAGCGCAAUCGGCUAAUAACUCAACUUAGAGUCUCCUCUGAUCUGACGGGUCACACAGGUGAGUCGGUUCAAACCCCGGGAAGGCCAAAAUAGUAAUUCUUUCUUCCUCGAAAAAGUUAAAGAAUAAAUCAAAGAAAUCGAAGUGAACUCGAGAUAUCUCGAACUAAUUCGGCUCUCACUUCGUCAAAUGGUCGAAUAGAGCCGAAAACCUACAGACUUUGCUUGCCCAAUCUUGUCAAAAAAUUGCAACUUUGAUACAUUCCUGAGCGUUGCGAAUCCUUUACUUCGCGCUCCGCCGAAGUAACUAACGGAUGGCGGCGUUUUGGCCAAUCGGAACAGAGCAAAUCAUCCGUAUUGUUUCCUAUCCAAUCAGGAAAAAGUCUAGAUUCUGGCUUUUUUGCAUGUGAUCUGUGAAAGAAAUGUACCAUGAAUAGAUUACAGAGAUAAAGUGAGAAGGCAUGUUCGCAGGCUAGACACAUAUGACCGAAUGAUUUGCCGAGUAACUACCCACUGUGUCUUUGUUUUAAAACCCUAGCAAGUAACUAAAGGUUUUUUUAUAGGUAAUAAGUUUUUUUUCUGAAGCCCCAGUCCUAAGACUCGUCGUAAGUCGUAUUUAAUUAAAAUUUGUUCUUUUUUUAUAGUUUUUACUUGAGUUCAGCAAGCAAGUUAGAUUGAUGUCCGGCCUAAUAGUCUGCUUUUCCUAUAAACUAUUACUAAACUUUUUCUGUUUGACUGUUUAUUUGCGACCGUUUGCAAACCAACUGCCUUUUCUAAUUUAAUAUUGCGUCAGUAGUUUAAAUAACUUUCUUCGAUCUCACUGACGAACUCUCAACACCUACAAAGCUCCACCUUUUGCGUUUCUGUUAAAAGAAAGAUAUAUUCAAAUUGCAAUGAGGAGAACCCCGAGCAUUGCACAGACAGUUUUAAUUUCAGAUAAGUUGAAAUUUUAGAUGUUCUGAGUGCGUUUCAGGGACUCUCUUAUACCAUGAGACGUUUAAGUCGUUGCUUCUAAGCCUGUGUAUUUCUGAUCUAGGUGUAGGUUUUCUCAUUCAGCCACUUUAUGUUGCAUAUCUUACGAUGGAAAUAACUAAAAACAGUAAAAAGAUUGAUAACGUUAACAUUAUUGCUUAUUGGGCUGGUGUUAAAGCAUAUGCCAUCCAUCACAGUUUAUUUGUUUUUGCCUCAUUUUUCGGUGUUUUCGCGAUAACUGUUGACAGAUUCUUGGCCAUUCAUCUUCACAAUCUCAGAUAACAGAAACUUGUGACUCACAAACGGGUUGUUGCUAGUGAUCUCAUUCUGGGUGUUCAGUGUAAUUGCUUGCUUCUGGUAUGAAUCGAUAAGUGUUUUGUCCGUGAUGUCAGUUGUUUGUAUCAUAACUACAGGAUUGCCUCAUUGCAAAAUAUACGCAACCGUAAGCCACACAAACCAGAGUACCUGAACAAGUAGCUCAGAAUGGAGACAUGGCAAAUGCCGCAAGGCUGAGAAAAACUGCCUUUGCUACAUUUUACAUGUAUAUCUUGUUUUUCAUUUUUCAUAUUUAUAGUUUGUUCAAAAAUAUAUAAACUCGUGUAAUGCUAAGCUGCGAAGGCAACGCCGGAGAACGGUGAAAAACAACAAUAGGUCUAAUUAGCAAAAAAGCAACUUUGCACGUUGUUUUGUACGACUACAACGUGAAACUUCCACAAACUUCUUAGUUACACGCUUUAUGGAGGAAAUGUCGUACGUGUUCUCGCUCACUUUUUUUUUCAUUGCCGCUCAUUUUCUCCUUGGAUUGGUGGCCGCUAACAUUUCUUAUUUUCUCACCGCAGCUACAAAAUUGUCAUGUUGUUCUGUUAACAAAAAAAAUGUCUCCUCUGUUGUUUAUCUCUCGCUCUAGAUCUCUGUCGCCCUUUUUCUCGUUGAGCUUCGGUGGCAUGCCGCCUACUUUCUCUUUUUCUCCGUCUUUCUUUUGCUCUAUUUUCCAAUUUUUUCGGAAUGACAAUUCAAUUAAUCUAAGCUUUUAAGCUCAGAUUGAUUGUCAUGUCCAAAAAUUUCAGACAACACGGAUACAGAAACAAUUUUUGCUUUCCGUUUUCGUCUUUAUUGACUCUUUAGUUGUCUCUGCUUUACAAGACUCGGGUGGCUACGCGAUUUCCUGCGCAAAUAACCUCGAGUUGUAUUUGGGUUGCCAUACCUGUUGAUUGAAUUAUUUUACAUUGGUAUGCCUGUGGUGCGGACAGACGGUCGGUUGCUCGGUCGGGUGGUGUACGGUCACGUGAUAACCAAAUUUUCUAGGAUGGGUUGAUUUACUUAGCUAUGGGGCUCCGCAAGCGCACGCUUCGCGCGCGCGUAGAGCACCGCUACGAACAGAGUUAAUUUACACGUUCAAGGAUGGUUUAAACUUUGGAGAAGGUAUCCUAAAUAUACAGGUAGCUAGAACUGCAUUAAUACAGGUUUCACUGUAUUUCUCUGAUGCACAGAUAACCAAAUUUUCUUACCCACGGUGCACCGCUGCGCGCGAGAGAGCUUUGCCAAAAAUGUUUGUGGUGAACCAAGACGUUCAAAACGCCAAAAUGAAUUUAUGCCACGCGGCAGCCAUUUUGUCUCAGGAGAUUUAAAAGGCUUUGUUUAUGCACAGCAAGCCUCGUAGAGAGAACGAGGCUUUUUAACAAAUCUUUUUAAAUCUCCUGAAACAAAAUGACCGCCGUGGGACAAAGGUCCAUUGUCUAAUUCCUUUGUAUCGCGUAUCGUCUGUCUGGCCUGGGGGUUAAUUAGUCCCUCUAAUGACCAAUGCGGGGAGGCUCAGCCCGAAAAGGGUACCUUUUUCACGCCUCAGGUAUAUGAAAGGGUAGGGAUUUCAUUAGUUGAAGUAAAUGAAACUGAAGUGACAAAUGCAAUAAUUGACCACAAAUGUGGUAAAAAUUGGCCACAAAUGUAAUAGAAACCUAAAAUGCUAUCAAAACCGUAUAUUUCUCGAAAGAGUACCGCUUUAAAUUAAAGUCGGACACAAAUAAGUUCGGCGGCACCCUUUCGAAAAACACAAUUCUAUUGCCGUGAUUUAAUCGAAAGAGCGCAGCCCUCAAAUAACUUUCGCAACUUAAAGUCGAAUAACAAUAAGCGCCGUGGCGCUCUUUCAAGUAAACAGAAUUUACUACACUCUUCUUGCGCCCGCUCGCUCGCUCUCCGGACGAGAAACAUAUUUUUUACAUGGCCUGACCGUAUCAGCAAAUCGGGACUAGUGUGCGAGAAUUUGCAUCAUAUAUUGGGAGUGUCACGUGGACAAACUAAAAGCAAGGGGUAACUCCUGAUCUACCUUCCCCGCGUGUGCGUGGGAGAACUGCCUUGCGGUUCUCAGCUAGCAGCUGCCAAAAUUGGCCCAAUGACCAAAAUUGUGUUUUCUCAAGUUCAACGCGCGGAUACAAACUGAAAAGUAUGAAAUCUGCGGCGUUUCCAUACCUGUAGAAGACAGAAGGUGCUUGGUUUGCAAACAAAACCAAGUCGAAGAUGAACAACACUUCUUGAUGUUUUGCAAUGGGUACAAUGUAUUGCGACACGAGUUAAUUAAUGUUAUUUUAAGUAAGGAUGUUGCUUUUGUGAAUCUUACUGCCCAUUACAGAAUAAAAUAUUGAUUAACAGCAGACAAUAAUAAUACUGGCAAAAUAAUAGCCAAAUUUAUUAAUCUUAUGUUAAAAAAGAGGAAAGAAUUAUUGAAAAUGUAACUUGAUAGAAAAUCUUUGAUGAUUUUAUGGUGCGUACAUCAUUAGUUAGACGUUAUUGUUACGUAAAUGUAAAAGACCUUUGUUGUAAACAGACCGAUUCCUUCAGAUGGAGAGUAACGCACUCCAUAUGGAGAGUAGGACACAAAAAAGAUACCGUUAAUGUUACUGUUACUCCAGCGAGUCUCACAUAAAAACUGUUAAAUAGUACAUGAAAGUCAUAUUUUUCUAGUUACAAGAAAGUAGAGAAAUCUCACUUGAUGAGAGCGCUCUGAUAGGCCACUCCCGCUUUGGAAUUAUCUGCAAGACGCUGUUGACAGUGAAAGAGUUUAUAAAAGACGAGAAAAAGCGGUAAUUAUAUUUGUUUUCAUAAUAAGUUUCGUGCCAGAUGAAUAUUGUUGAAUGUAUAGCAAAUGUGGGAGCCAUGAUGUAAAGGAAGAAAGCUAUUUACCAAAUGAAAGACUUUUUUUGCGUGCAGUUGUAAUGUUUAAUUUAAUAUCAAUUGGGCUUCGAAAAUUAUAAACUAACUUGGAACUUCUGAAUCCUUUUUAAACGCCACUGAUAACCGCGCUGAUUUCAUAGCUUAACAUGUAACACAACCAGCAAUAACCUUAACCUUCUAAUGCAUGAACAUUUUCAGAGAUUCUAAGGAAAUGUUUUGCCCGAUCUGAAUUUGUCUGCAAGAAAAAAUGGUCGAGGGUACACGGUCUCUAUUAAAGUACGGAGACAGAUUACAUACAACAAAAGAAACAAUACACCCAAAAAAUCAAGCUUCCAUGAGAACUCUAUAAAAACAGAUGUAUGCAGGCUGGAGACAUGUCUUCAGUUCGCUUGUUAACACCCAUAGUCCUAAUUAUAAUAUGUAGAUUUAGCCAGCGCUAAAAGCGAAACUAGUUAUAGACUCUCGUUAAUUCCUCUAGUAGUUUAUUUACACAACAUAUGUAACAGUUACAAAUUUUAAAACUAGAAGAAAGUAUAUAACGAUAUUACAGAUUGGACCAUAAUGAUUACAUCAAAACGGAAACGAAUUAAACACAACAGUUCACACAAUAGCAUUAGACCUGUUAAUGAACAGAUUCUGAUUCUGGUAAAGUUGAAUUCUUUCUAACUAAUUGAAGGAAGAGGUUUUUCGAAAUCAUAACUCCAGUUGAUUCUAGCCUUAAAUUCAUCCAAAGAUAAAUCUUUACGUGCUAACUUAUUUAUGUACAAGUAAUAUUUAGCAAGCAGAAGAGUAAAAUCGAGCUUUUUGACAAUUUCCAAUCAUUUCUUUCUUUUAAAAAGCUAAAAGUACUAGUUUCUUUUGACGAAAUUUCUUAAACCCCGAACUUUGAGUGACAAGAUGAAGUGUUUACCUUGCACAGUUACUGUAAGAUCAGGGCAUGGGGAAAAAACAGUAAAAGAGAAUCUGUAAAUUAACUGGCCGAUAAUCAGGAGAAUGGCUACCACCGAGAGGAUAUAAGUACAACUAAGUGCCGGAUACAGACCUUGAGAUAAGGGGGGGGGGUGGUCAUCCAGAGUGGGGGGGGGGCAGUCUCAAAAAUUUUUUUGGCCCUUCGGGCCUCAGUUUGGUCUAAAAAUAAGAGCGGGGGAGGCAGGUCCCCCUGGGCCCCUCCCCUGGAAUGCCUGGAUCCGCCACUGCAACGUCAGACACCCAAAUUUCAAUGAUUUUUCCAGGUACAAAUUAAGGACUAAGAUUUUUAAAUACUAAAUCGGCAUUAUGUAACCCUCUUUGAUCACUCUGUUGGCUAAAACCCUAGCCUUUACAAUUAACUUUUACCUCAAUACUACUUUCCGCAACGAGACUGACUGGGUAUGAAUUGCAAUUGCUUCUGAGGUGCACAAAUCGUUCAUGCGCAAAAAUGUUUUUACGUUACCCGUGAGUCUUACAGGUUCUUAUACACCGAGGAUGAGCGAAAUUCUCCUCAGCAAAAUAAUCCGAGUAAUUUUACAGAAAAAGGAAGGUGUCUACAAGGUUGUGAAUUUCAAGGACUUUUCAAGACCUAAUAAAAACAUCAAGUAUUUUUUAAGGACCUAAACUGAAUUCAAGGACUCAGACUUUUCAAGACGACUAGUAAAAUUCAAGACCUUUUCAAGAUUGAACGGACCAUGUAUAACAGAAACAGAAAGCAACGCUAAACGUUGACGGCAACGAAAACGACAAAAAAUAAUAAAUAGGUCUAAUAUAGAGGAGAAGUGUGACGUCACGUUGCCAUGGUAGCAAAAAUUCUGGAUGACAAUAAUCAAGACUUUAAAAAGGAGCUGUGUCAAGAGAUUCAGCCAAAUUAGGAAAUUACAAAAUGCCCAUUAAAUUAAGAGAAACAUACGAAUAACCGCUUAAAACUUUAAAGGAACGUUAAAAUAACGUAACAGAAACAACAGAUGCCAGGAUAGGCAAAACUGAAGACGACUGAAACGGAUUUAAAUUAGGGUUUUUGAAAACUGUUCAGCCUAACAGUUUUUCAAAGUUGAUCCCUGCUGCUUGCAACUUCAAAAAUAAUGCUCAGGAGACAUAUUUGUUUGUCUCGGAUCUCUGAUUUUCCCAUUUACAUGUAAUUUCUUUGCUUACUUUAAGUUCCAUAGCGAUUGAGGGCGAGUAAUUGGCAAAAUUAAACAAAAUGAACUGGACUGCCGUGACACAGCCCCUUUAAGCAAGGGCGACGGCGAAAACAACGACAACGGCAAAAAAGCGAUAGGUUUAGCAAAAUAAAAACCUUGCAGGUGCAUCACGCUUUUUACUAGCUAGCUACAUUUCUUAGCCGUCGUUACGCGACUGCGACAUAGAAGUUCCUAAUUCCACGCGCCCGCGCUACGCAGUUGGUCAACACAGCACAAAAAUUUUCUUUUUCUUUUUCUUAACUCAGAUACGGUCCUUUCGGAUUUAACCCCAGAGAAUUUCGUCAACUUUUAACACAGUAAAUGAAGCUGAAUAAGUUCGAUGAAAUUUGAAACAGUGCGAGUUUACUUAGUUAAGUGACGUUUUUGGUUUGUCUGAUCCAAAAAUUUUGCUAUUGUGGCAACGUGACCUAACAAAAAAAAACAACAACAACAACCUUGCAGGUGCGCAGCACACUUUUCUGUACAUUUCUUUGACCUUGGUUUGCACAACUACAAUGUGAAACUUCAACUCAUUUUAUGUUGGAAAAUGUCGCAUGUACUCACCAAUGUUAUGUCAUGUUCCUGUUCACUUUUUUUCUACACUGCCGCUCAUUUUCACCUUGUUGGCCCCUUUUCUCAUUUUCUCACCGCCAAUUUCCAUGUUUUUCGAAAUUUGUCUUUUGUUUUUGUCUAACGAUUUAGCUCUGUUGUUGACGUCAUUAAAGACUUUAAAAUGUAGUCUGACUUGAUUUGUCGUUGGUUUUUUUCUCUUCUAAGUCCGGAUGGACUCUCUCUCUUUAAAAAGUCGGAGUGGACUCUAGGUUUCCCGCCAAAAAACCCCGUGUUGCAUUUGCCACACCUGUUGAUUGAGUUAUUUUACAUUAAUACGCUUGUGGUGCGGAAGGGUUUGCGUACGCUCACGUGAUUAUUUAUCUACAGUGAACCAAAAUUCUUACCCAUGGUGCACCGCUGCGCGCGCGAGAAUUUCGGCAAAAAUGUUUGUGGUGAACCAAGACGCCAAAAACGCCAAAAUAGACCUUUGUCACGCGGCAGCCAUUUUGUCUCAGGAGAUUUAAAAACUUUUAAUUAUGCACAGCUAGCCUUGUAGAACCUUAACCUUCCAUUGGGGCAUGAAGAUUUUCAGAGAUUUCAAGGAAAUUUUUUGACUGAUCUGAAUUUGUCUGCAAGAAAAAUAUUAAAACUUUAUAGCGACUAUCCGCUGGGCAAAAGUUACGGAAUCACAGCUUUCAACCUUAAACAUUGGAACAAUGAACAUAAUUUAAUAUCUGUUGCGAGCGUAAAGUCACGGCAUUGCUCAAGCACUUUGCAGCGGCAAAAGAUAUUUAAGUCUUCAGCCUCGCCGACGCCUAUUUCCCUUUCGUAAUGGAUCGUUGCCAUUUAUAACACGCGAUACCAUCAUGUUGAGAACUGGUAACCAAGCCAUUAGUCAUGAUGUAAUAUGCUCCCUGGACAAGAACGCCAGUCUCGCUUGCUUAGAGAUUAGAUAAGAGAUAAGGAGGCGAUUAAUUCUACACGAAGCAGGAUUUCUUCGCUAAAAGGUUUCACUUCCCAUUUUAUCGACGGUCGAGAAUUCUUCAGAAUAUUUAAUGAAUAUUUUCUUCAGAAUAUACGCGUGUGCAAAUACAAAUCAUUGCUAGAAAGUAGAAACGUAAUGAACAUGGCGCGUGAUUUCAGUCAUCGCCAAAAAUAAACCGCAUGCUCAUCACAAGACUCAUUUUCAUACAAUGAAAGUUUACAACGCCCGACCAGUUUAUAGCCUCUCCAUCGAAGUUUUCAGUUGUUUCAAAGUAAUCAACGCUUUUAAGCAAUAGAAUUCGUGGACCGACCGGUUCUCGGAAAGCUCGACAUGUCUGCAUCAAUCUUCCUAAGCUUUCUUCACAAAACAGAGCAUGGCGCUGUGACAGGUAGCAAUUUCCAUCCUCAGUUUCCACGGUCUCCACUAGUAACGCCUGGGACCAUGAUUCCCCUUUUCGCGGGCACACAAGCGAGACUAACUACCUACUUUUCUGAUCUAUGUUUUAAAAGCUUAGCCAGUAAUUUUUCUUUUUUUCCGGGGAACAAGUUCCUUCUCUCAACUCAAAAGACUCGUCGUUUGUCAUAGUCACUAAAAAAAUGUGCGUUUGUUUCGCUUGAGUCCAGCAAACAUGUAGGAUUCUUGGUCUCAGACCUAAUAGUCCGCAUUCCUCUAAGCCAUCGUUUAACUCUUUUCUGUUUGACUUUGUGUUAACGAUUCACCGCAAACCAGCUGCCAUUUCUACUUUGAUAUCGAGCCAAUAGUUUCAAAUAACUUACUUCCAUUUGACUGACGAACUUUAUCUUAAUACAAUUAAAGUAUUAUACAAGAAUAUUUUCAGCCUAAAAUCGGCAGAAAAAAAUAAGACUAUUCAGCCUGUGUGUUUUAAACUGAAGAAACUGAAAGUGCCCAUCACCUAAAAUUUUAUAUUUUCUUAUCUCAAACUAUACCUUAUUAAAAUAACUUCUGCGAAAAAAUUUGCGGUGUGAACAAAACGCGAUUUUUUUACCAGUUUUUGAAGUCUACAUUUUUGCGGUACACCCGCGCCGUUGAUCAUGCAAACUAGCAGGCUCACAUAUGACGUCAUGUGACGUAAAUUAAGGAACUCGCAUUACCCAGCGGUACACAAAAAAGAUAAAGUACAAGUAAGGUCUUCGCAAGAAGAAGGUUUUUCUGAAAAAGAAAAACCUAUCAGAACUCUUAAUGUUUUCCUGUCGAUAAGGUCACGUGUUCCUUAAAGUACGUCAUAUGACGCCAUACUCCGAGAGAAGACUAAGACGAAUGGUGUGCAAAAAUGGCGGCAAAUUUGAACGUUUUUAAAAAAUUAUAAACAAAUGGUGUUUGGUUCAAAUCGCGACAUUUUUUCGCAGAAGUUAUUUUAAUAAGGUGUAGUUUCAGAUAAGAUAAUAAUAAAUUUUAGGUGAUGGGCACUUGAAGCUAUAUAGCACGACUUACAUCUUACUAGCUGCCUUAAAGUUAAUAAAGGAUACUAUAGUGUAAGUUGAUUUUUUUGUAUUCGAUUGCAGUUUUAGGCAUAUAUUACUUUUUGACACAUGGUUCAUCGGAUUGCCACGUCAUGUACAAACGGGUGUUUUGAAUAUUUGUAAUUGAUACUAUAUUAAGGAACGGAUGAUUUAUUAAGUAACUAGGGUGCUGUAUCUUUAAGCCGCCUCAAACUCUUUAAGUCACUCGUGAACAGGCAGUUUAUCAAAAAAUUCGAUCAUGGGUCCAGCAAAUGCUGUUGGAUUGAUUUGAGACGUAAAAAUUCCGUUUUCCUCUUAUUUUUCACCUCUCAGCUCGUUCUGUCUGACUGUAUGUUUGCGAUUCAUAAUUGAAAACCAACUGCCUUUGCUUAUUUAAACUUGCGUCAGUAGUUUCAUAUAACUUCCUUCCUGUUUAACUAGCGAACUUCAACAUUUAUACCACCUAUUGCGUUUCGCUUGAAAGAAAAUUAAUACUAAUUACUGUGUGAUGAUGACGUUACAUUUGAAGUUUUAAUUCCGGGUUCAGACAUGCAAAGUUUCAAUUUCAAGCAAGCUGAGAGUUUGGAUAUUGUGAGCACGACUUAGACAGGGACUUUUUUUACUACUGUCGCGGAAGACUCAACAGUACUCAAUUAAAAACCAUUUGCCAUCGGAGGAGGAAGUCUGGAGAAUAUUCAGUAAGUCGCGCAAAGAGUAAUUUCCAGCGUCAGUCUCGUGCAAAAAAGAAAACACUUGCAGAGUUCCUCAAAAGUACAGCUGCUGAAACUUAAGACUGUAUAUAACGCUCCAUUCAAUGGUGGAAGCUGAAGGUCAGUCUCAUUCAAAAACGGAUGAAACUUAGAAAGCAAUGAAAUUCUUUUCAUAUUAUAGAAACUGAACACUGAUUAGGGUUAUGUAAAAAAAAAGAUGGCAAGUGCUGAAGGCUUGCAUUUGACACUUGUUAUUAACUGCUUCUUCAACGCUUUCUUGUCUUUCACCGCCAUCGUAUUAAACAUCAUAACAAUGCAAGCGCUCAGAAAAACGUCGUAG